CCCUCCCUCCCCUUUACGAUUAUCCCUUCCGCGACUUCCCCCAGACCCAUCCAGCCUUACACUUUUUUUCAUCACCAAACACCAAUGCAUCAACAAUCUCACCUCAAUUAAAUCAUCGGCCGCGCUACUCUUUUCUCUUCGUUUGUCGCGUCUUUUCCUUCGUGGUCACGUUUACGACUCUCCCCUCUUAUAUCAUUGCUUUCAGAUUCAGACGCGGCAAUUUGCGCGCUGCGACACCAUGGGUUUGCCGUAAUAUGUUCCGCGAACCGGAAGAAAUCCCUUCAGAUCAGCCUGCCGCGAAACUCGAACAGAUCGCAGCGACACGACGCUCCACCAUCAGACGCGAAUCUACCGUACGACCUGGUCGCACAUACUCAUCCCGAUUACUCCUAGAAAGAAUACGAGACCACCGCGGUAUAGCAGGACAUGAGGCGGAACAGAGAAAUAGCCCACUUCCUUCACGGAUAUCUGAGCGCGAAAUCAAUGAUCUAGACGCGGAACUGAAUCGUCUUCGCUCGAUACGGCGCCAACGCCGCUCGCGGCCACAUCAAUCGGAACGGGAACUUUCAAACGGUCCAAACCGUGUUCCAGCUCGCCAUGAACCGGAACAGCGGCGUAACAUGGAUCUUGAUGCUCUUACGGACGCCGGCAUUGAGGUCUUUUUCUCUGAUGGGGAUGGAAACCUCACGCAGCACCUACCGCGCCCUUCGCGUGAAUCAAACCUGAGGUUCGAGGUAGCCGCAAAUGCUCAGUCGCAAUCAGAUCAGCCGCGCCGGACACGAUUUUAUAGCGCUCGUGCUAGUCGAGGCUCCAGCCCAUCCGGAAGGCGCGCUGGCGCAGUUGGGUUGCCAUGGUCUGUACGUGCAGGAUUUGAUGAUGGUGACGACAAUGGAGGUGGCAAUGCGACACUGACCCCGGGUUUCGCGCCUGCUCAAGGUCCCUUCCGUGCCGGCUUAGAAGGCGCCAGCGCUGCACUUCGCGUCAUAGAUGACUUGAUGGAUACACCCCCGCCAGAAGGCUUGGAAGCAUCCUACCCGCCUCUGCGACGUGUCAACCAUAUGUCACCGCGCCCUGCUGGUGCAUCAACGUCGCGGAUGGAUGGCCUUGGUGACCGACUUCGCAGCCCAAGUCCCAGUUCCGAUGCGCACGAGGAGGAGAACUGGUCCAAUCUCCAAGCCACCAUGGACCCUGGACGAUCAAGUACGGCAACAUCAUUCAUGUCUUCGCGCUCGGAUUCGCAGACUGUUUCCAAUCGCUCUUCGCAAACUACUGCGACAAGUUUUGGCGAGAUUUACGGAGACGAUUCAUGUGAAUUGGACUUGCCUUCAGGUAUCACGGAAGAGGAUGUGCGGGAGAUCCGGGCACGUCAUGGUAGACUACGAAGACACUUGCCCCUACCCGACGAUCUGUCUCAUUCUGCUCGACAACACAUACCUGGAGGAAAUGAGUGGGUGUCUGAGCUUGAAGUAUUUGGUGUCAUUCUGGACCGGAUGCAGAGAAGAGAAGAGAUACCAGAUGAAUGGUGGGCCGCCGUUGGAUUAUCACCAGAUGUUGUCCGAGGUGGUGGCUCUUGAACAGGAGUUGUGCUGAGAUGGUCGUGAACGGAGGUCGAAUGCUUGACUGCACCUUCGACUUCCGUUCGCAUGUAUUGACUUUAUAAUCUGCAAUGGCGGAUCUGUGAGCAAUAGGACUUGGUGCUUUUUGGCAUGUUUGGGCGUGCUGGAAAAGCUAUG